AUGGCCGACCAAACAACGUCGCCUGCGAUCAACACGCAGAUUGAGUCCGGAAAGUUCUCCGAGAAGGAGGCUCCCCAAGAGCCUGUCCCCUCUCAGAAGAAGGAACUCGGAGAGGAUGAGGAAGAGGAUGAAGACAUCGACGCGCUUAUCGAGGACCUCGAGAGUCAGGAUGGACAUGUGGAUGAUGAGGAAGAGGAAGCUGACCAGCAUGGUGCCCGUAUCAUUCCUGAGGAGCUCCUCCAGACCGAUACUCGCAUCGGUCUCACUGAGCAGGAGGUUCAGCAACGACGAAAGAAGUAUGGUCUCAACCAGAUGAAGGAGGAGAAGGAGAACUUGAUUCUCAAGUUCUUCGGCUACUUCGUCGGUCCCAUUCAGUUCGUUAUGGAGGCUGCCGCCGUUCUGGCUGCUGGUCUCGAGGAUUGGGUCGAUUUCGGUGUCAUUUGCGCCCUGCUGUUGCUUAACGCCUGUGUCGGUUUCGUCCAGGAGUUCCAGGCCGGUUCUAUUGUCGACGAGUUGAAGAAGACUCUCGCCCUGAAGGCUGUCGUUCUCCGUGACGGUACCCUGAAGGAGGUCGAGGCUCCCGAGGUCGUCCCUGGCGAUAUUCUGCAGGUUGAGGAGGGUACCAUCAUUCCCGCCGAUGGUCGCAUCGUUACCGAGGACGCUUUCCUGCAGGUCGAUCAGUCCGCCAUCACUGGUGAGUCUCUGGCCGUCGACAAGCACAAGGGCGACCAGUGCUAUGCCUCCUCCGCUGUCAAGCGUGGUGAGGCCUUCGUUGUCGUUACCGCCACUGGUGACAACACCUUCGUCGGCCGUGCCGCUGCCCUUGUCAACGCUGCCUCUUCCGGCACUGGACAUUUCACCGAGGUCCUGAACGGCAUUGGUACCAUUCUGCUGAUUCUCGUCAUCUUCACCAACUUGAUCGUCUGGGUUUCUUCCUUCUACCGAAGCAACCCCAUUGUCAGGAUUCUCGAGUUCACCCUGGCCAUCACCAUCAUCGGUGUCCCCGUCGGUCUGCCUGCUGUCGUCACCACCACCAUGGCUGUCGGUGCCGCCUACCUCGCCAAGAAGAAGGCCAUUGUCCAGAAGCUGUCCGCCAUUGAGUCCCUGGCUGGUGUCGAGAUUCUCUGCUCUGACAAGACUGGUACCCUGACCAAGAACAAGCUCUCUCUUUCUGAGCCGUACACUGUCGCCGGUGUCGACCCCGAGGAUCUCAUGCUUACUGCCUGUCUCGCUGCUUCCCGCAAGAAGAAGGGUAUUGAUGCCAUUGACAAGGCUUUCCUCAAGAGCUUGAAGUACUACCCCCGCGCCAAGUCUGUCCUGUCCAAGUACAAGGUCAUUGACUUCUUCCCCUUCGACCCUGUCAGCAAGAAGGUUACCGCUGUUGUCGAGUCUCCCCAGGGUGAGAGAAUCACCUGCGUCAAGGGUGCUCCUCUUUUCGUUCUGAAGACUGUCGAGGAGGACCACCCCAUCCCCGAGCAGGUCGACCAGGACUACAAGAACAAGGUUGCUGAGUUCGCCACCCGUGGUUUCCGAUCUCUCGGUGUUGCUCGCAAGCGUGGUGAGGGUUCCUGGGAGAUUCUGGGUAUUAUGCCCUGCUCUGACCCCCCUCGUCACGAUACCGCCCGCACCAUUAACGAGGCCAAGUCUCUGGGUCUGUCCAUCAAGAUGCUUACUGGUGAUGCCGUCGGUAUCGCUCGUGAGACCUCUCGUCAGCUCGGUCUCGGCACCAACGUUUACAACGCUGAGCGCCUGGGUCUUGGUGGCGGCGGUGACAUGCCUGGCUCUGAGGUCUAUGACUUCGUCGAGGCUGCCGAUGGUUUCGCUGAGGUCUUCCCCCAGCACAAGUACAAUGUCGUCGAGAUUCUUCAGCAGCGUGGCUACCUUGUUGCCAUGACUGGUGACGGUGUCAACGAUGCUCCCUCCCUGAAGAAGGCUGAUACUGGUAUUGCUGUCGAGGGUGCCUCUGAUGCUGCCCGAUCUGCUGCCGACAUUGUCUUCCUUGCCCCUGGUCUUGGUGCUAUCAUUGAUGCUCUGAAGACUUCUCGCCAGAUUUUCCACCGUAUGUACGCCUACGUCGUCUACCGUAUCGCUCUUUCCAUUCACUUGGAGGUCUACCUUGGCCUGUGGAUCGCCAUUCUCAACCGUUCCCUGAACAUUGAGCUGGUCGUCUUCAUUGCCAUUUUCGCUGAUGUCGCUACCCUGGCUAUUGCCUACGAUAACGCUCCCUUCUCCAAGACCCCCGUCAAGUGGAACCUGCCCAAGCUCUGGGGUAUGUCCGUCCUCCUCGGUGUUGUCCUGGCUGUCGGUACCUGGAUUACUGUCACCACCAUGUACGCCCAGGGUGAGAACGGUGGUAUCGUCCAGAACUUCGGAAAGCUCGACCCCGUUGUCUUCCUUGAGAUCUCUCUGACCGAGAACUGGCUGAUCUUCAUCACCCGUGCCAACGGCCCCUUCUGGUCUUCCAUCCCCUCGUGGCAGCUCAGCGGUGCUAUCCUCAUCGUCGAUAUUAUUGCCACUUGCUUCACUAUCUGGGGUUGGUUCGUUGGUGGCCAGACCUCCAUCGUCGCCGUCGUCCGUAUCUGGAUCUUCUCUUUCGGUGUCUUCUGCAUCAUGGGCGGUGUCUACUACAUCCUCCAGGACAGCGUUGGCUUCGACAACCUCAUGCACGGCAAGAGCCCCAAGGGCAGCCAAAAGCAGCGCUCUCUUGAGGACUUCGUCGUCUCUCUCCAGCGCGUGUCCACUCAGCACGAGAAGUCCCAGUAA